AUGAAGAAAUCCAGCUCCCAAAUUGUGGUCUUGUACUGGCAUCGGACAGACCUCCGACUGCAUGAUUCACCCGCGCUCGAAGCUGCCCUGGCUUUGAAACCAUCCGUUUUCAUCCCCGUUUGGACAUGGGAUCCGCACUACGUGUACAGAGCGCGCGUCGGGCCGAACAGAUGGAAAUUCCUCAUGGAAUGCCAGUCUGAUCUGUCCAAGUCUUACACCAAGCUCAACGCCAAACAGAAGCUUUGGGUCGUCCGCGAAGCACCACAGACCGUUCUCCCCAAGCUAUGGGAGAAAUGGGGAAUCACGCAUCUGGUCUUUGAAAAGGAUACGGACGCGUAUGCGCGCGAGCGCGAUAGCACAGUCAUCCAAAUGGCCGAAAAGGCGGGCGUCGAAGUCGUCACGAGAAUGGGUCGCACGCUGUUUGAUCCGGAUGAGUUGGUUCGGAAGAAUGGGGGGAAACCCACUAUGAGCAUGAGCCAGGUUGAAAGAGCCAUGGAGAAGAUUGAUGGAGGGAAGCCCGCUCGACCGGUGGAAACGCCGCAAAGUGUUCCGGAUCCCUGGAAGGAUGAUCAGAUGAAUUUAAGUGAUUUGGACCACGAAAUGGCUGAUUCGAAUCCGGAUCUUAAUGCGGAGCACCGCGCAAAUGAAGAUCGACAAUAUGAUGAGAUCAUGGGACCUAACAAGGACUUUGGAGUGCCGACGCUGGAGGAGAUUGGAAUUGAUCCCUCGUCGGUCCAGGCGCCCCAUCGCGGGGGAGAAUCCGCAGCGUUGAAAGAGCUUUCCCAGUUCAUCGCCGAUGAAGAAUACAUUGCCACGUUUGAGAAACCCAAAACCUCCCCGGCGGCGUUCGAGCCGCAAUCAACAACACUCUUAUCACCACAUCUCCAUUUCGGCUCUUUGUCCGUCCGGAAAUUCUGGUGGGACGUCCAGGACGUUAUGGAGCGGCGGAAGAAGACUAAAAAGCAAAAUGCAGGGCCUCCUGCCAAUUUACCUGGUCAACUGCUCUUCCGAGAUAUGUACUUUGCUGCACAAGCAGCAGUGGGGGCCCCAUUUGCAAGAGUGGAAGGAAACUCAGUCGUCCGCUUUAUCGACUGGCACUUGCAAUCCAAGCUCGUCCAGUCGGAGGAGAAAAAAAACAAGAAGCACGGAAAAGGCACGGAGAAAGGCGACGAGAAUAUACUCCCUGCUCGAGACUACGAAGUCGACUCCUCCGAAGCAGAGGAGUGGUUCCAGCGAUGGAAGACCGGUCGAACGGGCUUCCCCUGGAUUGACGCGCUCAUGCGUCAGCUCAUUACAGAGGGAUGGAUUCACCAUCUCGGCCGACAUAGUGUUGCGUGCUUCUUGACCCGUGGUGGUUGCUAUAUCAGUUGGGAACGGGGUGCGGAAGUAUUCGAGGAAUACCUGAUCGACCACGAAACUGCCUGCAAUGCAGGAAAUUGGAUGUGGCUCUCUUGUACCGCAUUUUUUGCCCAAUUCUAUCGCUGCUACUCCCCAAUCGCCUUUGGUAAGAAGUGGGAUCCCAACGGCGACCUCAUCCGUCGCUAUGUCCCUGAAUUAGCCAAGUUCGACAAAAAAUAUAUCUAUGAGCCGUGGAAAGCCCCGAUUGCCGACCAAAAGAAAUGGGGAUGCAGAGUCACGAAUGAUGACAAGGACACUGCAAGUGGAAAGGGGGGCCCACAGGUCUAUCCCAAGCCGAUGUUCGAUUUUGAUGAACGCAGGCAAUUUUGUCUCGACAAGAUGAAGGCAGCUUAUGAUGUGGGUCUGUACGGGAACGACAAGAAAGUGUUAAAUGGUGAAUGGAAGGAGUUAUUUGGUGAGGAUGGAAAUGAGAGAACUGAUGAGCCCGAAAAGAAGAAGAGGAAGACAUCGAGCUGA